AGUCUCUCUCCCUGUCUCUGUCUCUCUGCAAAGGGAAACAGAGCUCUUCCUCACCGCCCGGAGCUCUCCCCGCCUGCCCUCAUUGCAGCGAAUUUUCUUCCUCAAUGUAGGUCAUUUGCCACAGCCUCCUUUGCCUCCAAACCCCGUGGUUUUGUGUUUUUCCUUUUUUUGUUGUUUUUGGUCAUCGCUGCAUUCCUCUGGACAAGAAAACCUGGUGGAUUCCAAAAAAAAACAAAAAAACAAACAAACAGAGCGAGAGAACAGCCUGGAUAGACUAAAUCCUUCUGUGUCACAUCGUCAGUUCGGAUUCCUUGGAAGUCUUUGGCUGUGUUUUUUUAAAAAAAAGAAAUAAGAAACGAGGUUUCACGCAGAGGCAGCAUUGCCACCGGGAAGGAAAAGACAUGUCCUGGAAUUGAAAUGACACCAAGCAGCUUCCCGUGGAGGGAAUUUUGGUGCUUCGUCUUUAAGCGUUAAUAUAGUGGGAGCCACUCCAGGCUUGGAUUUAUCUGGGCGAGACUCGUUGUCCUGGUGGAGCGGCGUGACAACCAGGAUCCACCCUUUGUUUCCCAAUUCUGUUUGUCUGCCAAGGGAGUCGAGAUUAAGGUGGGAUUACGUUCUGGGAAUGGGAUGCAGAGAAGAGGACUCCCGUGUUUUUCUCCCAACGGUGGAAUCUGUUUAUGAUCAGAGUCUUUGAGUUCUCCGCCCGCCGCGCAGUUCCAGGUGGGUGUUGGGACCUCCAUUACCCGAAAGAAGACAGCCUCCUGCCGGCCGGCCGGUUUUCUCGACCGCCUUGGCUCUCCCCUGGUCCGCGGAAGAAGGAGCCCCGCUAAUGCCGCUGUAAACAAUGUCGAGGCCCAAGAGACUAUUAUGGCUUCCACUGGUCUUCACCCCCAUCUGUGUCAUGUUGAACUCGAAUUUCCUACUUUGGAUAACAGCUCUCGCCAUCAGGUUCACGCUGAUCGACAGCCAAGCACAAUACCCCGUUGUCACCACAAAUUACGGCAAAAUCCGGGGCCUGAGAACACCACUGCCCAAUGAGAUCCUGGGCCCCGUGGAGCAGUAUCUGGGGGUGCCCUACGCCUCUCCCCCCACCGGAGAGAGACGCUUCCAGCCUCCGGAGCCUCCGUCCUCCUGGACCGGGAUUCGCAACGCCACCCAGUUUGCCGCUGUCUGUCCGCAGCACCUGGACGAGCGAUCCUUGCUUCACGAUAUGCUCCCCAUCUGGUUUACCGCCAAUUUGGAUACCUUGAUGACCUAUGUGCAAGAUCAAAAUGAAGAUUGCUUGUACUUAAAUAUCUACGUGCCCACCGAGGAUGGAGCCAACACAAAGAAAAGCGCAGAUGAUAUAACCAGUAAUGAUCGUGGUGAAGAUGAAGAUAUCCAUGAUCAGAACAGUAAGAAACCAGUUAUGGUCUACAUCCAUGGUGGAUCUUACAUGGAGGGAACUGGCAACAUGAUUGAUGGCAGUAUUCUAGCAAGUUAUGGAAAUGUCAUUGUUAUAACCCUCAACUACAGGCUGGGCAUUUUAGGUUUUUUAAGUACUGGGGACCAGGCGGCAAAAGGCAAUUAUGGUUUGCUUGACCAAAUCCAGGCUUUACGGUGGAUUGAAGAAAACAUUGGAUCCUUUGGAGGGGACCCGAAAAGAGUGACUAUCUUUGGCUCAGGAGCCGGAGCAUCUUGUGUUAGCCUGCUGACCCUGUCUCACUAUUCAGAAGGUCUGUUCCAAAAGGCCAUCAUACAAAGCGGAACAGCAUUAUCCAGCUGGGCAGUGAACUACCAGCCUGCCAAGUACACUCGGAUUUUGGCAGAUAAAGUCGGCUGCAACAUGCUGGAUACCACCGACAUGGUUGAAUGCCUUCGGAACAAGAACCACAAAGAACUCAUUCAGCAGGCCAUCACUCCAGCGACGUACCACAUUGCUUUCGGUCCCGUGAUAGAUGGUGACGUCAUCCCAGAUGACCCUCAGAUCCUCAUGGAGCAGGGGGAGUUCCUUAAUUAUGACAUAAUGCUCGGCGUGAACCAAGGCGAAGGCCUAAAAUUCGUCGACGGCAUCGUGGACAACGAAGAUGGCGUUUCGCCCAACGAUUUUGACUUCUCCGUCUCCAACUUUGUGGACAACCUGUACGGUUACCCCGAAGGGAAGGACACCCUGCGGGAGACCAUAAAGUUCAUGUACACGGACUGGGCGGAUAAGGAAAAUCCCGAAACCCGGAGGAAGACUCUGGUGGCCUUGUUCACGGACCACCAGUGGGUGGCCCCGGCCGUGGCCACGGCGGAUCUCCACGCCCAGUAUGGCUCCCCGACAUACUUCUACGCAUUUUACCACCACUGCCAGAGUGAGAUGAAGCCCAGCUGGGCCGACUCCGCCCACGGAGAUGAGGUCCCCUACGUCUUCGGCAUCCCCAUGAUCGGCCCGACGGAGCUCUUCAGCUGUAAUUUCUCCAAGAACGAUGUCAUGCUUAGCGCGGUCGUCAUGACCUACUGGACCAACUUCGCCAAGACCGGGGAUCCCAACCAGCCCGUUCCCCAGGACACCAAGUUUAUCCACACAAAGCCCAAUCGGUUUGAAGAAGUGGCGUGGUCUAAGUAUAACCCCAAAGACCAACUGUAUCUCCACAUCGGCCUGAAGCCCAGGGUGAGGGAUCAUUAUCGAGCGACUAAGGUGGCCUUCUGGUUGGAACUGGUCCCUCACUUGCACAACCUGAACGAAAUCUUCCAGUACGUCUCGACCACCACGAAGGUCCCGCCUCCCGACAUGACCUCCUUUCCCUACGGCACCCGGCGGUCUCCGGCAAAAAUCUGGCCAACGACCAAGCGUCCGGCCAUCACCCCCGCCAACAACCCGAAGCAUUCGAAGGACCCCCACAAGACCGCCCCGGAGGACACCACGGUCCUCAUCGAGACCAAACGCGAUUACUCGACCGAGUUGAGCGUCACCAUCGCCGUGGGGGCGUCCUUGUUGUUCCUCAACAUCCUGGCCUUCGCGGCGCUGUAUUACAAGAAAGACAAACGCCGCCACGAGACCCACAGGCGGCCCAGCCCCCAGAGGACCGCGACCAACGACAUCGCCCACAUCCAGAACGAAGAAAUCAUGUCCCUGCAGAUGAAGCAGUUGGAACACGACCAUGAGUGCGAGUCCUUGCAGGCCCACGACACCUUGAGACUCACGUGUCCGCCCGACUACACCCUUACCCUGAGACGGUCCCCCGACGACAUUCCGCUCAUGACCCCCAACACCAUCACCAUGAUCCCAAACACAUUAACAGGAAUGCAGCCUUUGCAUACUUUCAACACCUUCAGUGGGGGACAAAACAGUACUAAUUUACCCCACGGACAUUCUACCACUCGGGUAUAGGUUGGCCAUUUCCUCUCCGAUGCCCUUCCUCUCUUUCCCUCAAUACCUUGGAAGAAAGAAAAAUUUAGGAAAAAAGAAACAGACAAAAAACAAAAAAAAAAAACAAAACAAAAACCCGGAACGUUUCUCGUCCGACGCACUUCGCCAACGAGGAGAAAGGGAGGUCGCUAUUUUCUUAUCAGUCCUUCCCAGACGGACUCUCCGAUAUUAAAGGUCAACUUCAAACCCUGUGAAAUGUGAAACGUGUACAUCGCUGUUACAAUACCGCUUUAAGAUCUCAUCCACUCCAGCCGAAAGUGUAAUGUGGAUAGGGAAAGAAGAAGAGUCACUUCAACGACCUGGAUGCUUGGAGUGUCACAGAUAGAAGCUGAAUCUUCUGGAACACAGCCAGGGAUUCUACAGUGGCAUUUGGGUUCUUUUUGUUUUUAAAUCAAAUGGGGGAGAAAAAAGUUCUUUAUGUGCCAUACCAUGAAUGGCCCCUCUUAAAAACAAAGACAGCAUCUUGGGCUUUUACCCAGCAUACAGAGCUGUAAUCCAGAAGGAAGGAAAUAUUAAGGUUUCAUUAUUAAAAAAAAAAAGAGGACUGACUAUGCAGUAAGACGUGUAUAGUUCUGUGCAAAGAGAUGGUUUGCCACCGUGAACUAUAUUUAAGAAACUCUGUAAAAAGUGUACAUAGCUGUGGGUUUAAAAAGACAAGCUUUUAUUGAUGUUUUCAGUUUGAAAGAGCUUUUAGAAAGAUUGUGCUUUCAGUUGUGAUCUAUAUGUAUAUAUAUACAUUAUUCAUAUCACCUCUGUUUCCUCCAGACCGACAAAGGGGGCGGGAGGGGUUUCCUCUUAAUUAGUUGUGGUAAACAAAGAAAUGGGAUUUUCUAACAUGUUUCAUUUGCAGGAGGACACGGUGUCACGCAGAGAAUACGAAUGGUCGGUGUGACCCGCGUAUUUCCGCUCACAGGUUACACAAUUGCAUGUCAAAGCAUUCUUAGGAGGCAGUUAUUUUUAGAAAGUUUUUAUUUUUGUGUGUUAUCCUUCAUUAAGUUGCAACACAGAGAUGGAUCCAGAAACUGGAGCAACAGCAACAAAAAUAUUUAAAGCUUGUUGAAUUGAAAAAAAAACCCACAAAAACCACACAAAACAACAACAAAAAAAUAAAAGAGAAGUCCAGUUCUGUAGUUCUGGUUAUUUGAAUAUGUUAGGAAGAGAUGCCUUCCAAUCUAAUGCCCUGCCAAAAAAAGUAAAGAAAGCCUGUCUUUGGGCAAGUCUUUUUUUCCAGUAAAUCUAGCUCUGUAUUCAUGAGCAGCUGUGGGAGAGCACUGGCUGAGAAAAUAUCCACUCAGCUUUGCUCAUCGGAGGAAAUAUGCAGUUCGGAGGAAGAAAUGUUGCUUUCUUUUUCUAAAGGGUAAAGUUCUCAUCGAUCUGUCGGCGAAUAUGUUUUGUAUCCCAUCUUUCCAUUUAUGUGAUCAAGCUUAUGCCUGUCUGGAAACAAUAGAUUUUUUUUUUUUAUUUGGCCUGUUAGUUCUGUGGCAGUCACAAAUCAGUGUGGAUAGGGAAAAGGAAAAAAGGAAAGAUCCCACAGAUGUGCUCCGCACGAGUCUUCCCACAACUCCGGAUGGCUUCGACUUCAAGUUAUCGUGUGGAAAUGAUCGCCUCCCAGCCCAUUGGGAUGGGAGAGCCUGGGCCAAGCGGCCUUCCCUCGGAAAGCCCGUCAGUUUUGUUUUAUUUUCAAAUUGCUUCGAGGGUUACCAGACGGAAGUAGACGAUGGUUACCGGAGAGUCCGUCCUUUGGAAGGCACUGCGUCACCGAGAGAGAGUAGCCAAAGAUAUCUGAAGAGUCUUGCUUUGUGCUUGAAUGUUCCAAUUCCGCAGGCCAGUGUUUUCAUCUCGGCGCUAAACUGUAGAUCUUCCUUCAUCUCACCUCUACCCCAACAUCCCUUCUCCCCCUAACCCCAGCGCAGAACCGAACGCACCAGCCUCCGUGACCCUUUCUACUAAAGCCCUCGGGAUAGCCAACCCCCGCUAAGAACGUAGGCUUAGUCCAUCACCGGCGUGAGUUUCUCCCCUGUAGAUGGAGGAAGCGGAUUCCCCGCCAAAGUGUUAACCGCCAAUAAAAAUCACGACGCGAGGGUAGGGCUUGUCUGUGUAAGGUAGAGUUCCAAAUUAGCAAGUGGUGAAGCGAUACUUGCAGGUAGUAAUGUGGAAAACCGUUCCCUCUUAGCUUCUGCAUUUUCUUGAAGUUGACUCUCUUAAUAGGCCAUUUCCAUGAGCUCUGUGCUGCCUCAGCUGAGACACAGCACUUAGGCUCUUCAUGAAACUAAAAAGGCAGUGAUGCUUGGCAUCAUAAUCAUUGGGUAUGUUUGUAAUGUGAAUUACGGUAUUUGUUUAGUACUUCCAAUUGUCUUCUGCUAGCAAUAUGUACAGUAAUGUGUCAGGCUUGUGACAUUUGGGAAAAAAAAAAAAGAGUUCCUGUAAGUGAAUGAUUUUAGCUUUUAACAAUGAUUAUGAUCAUUCCGUUAAAUCCAUCUGAAAUGACGUCCAAUUUCUACAAGGAAAAAUGUCAUAGGGUUUCGUAGAAUUCUAUCAUGAAAUAGAUCGCAGUCCGUAAAACGCAGAACAAAACAAAAAACCCUUUUCCCAGGCUUAUAUUCUUGACCUUAAAAGGCACGCAGGGUUUAAUGGUUUAUUUUAUUAUUGUUUUGCGAUUUUUGUUUUUGCCUUAAGUAAUGAGAGAAGAUAUAUAUGGCUGGACACAUAUGUAUAAACUUUUCAGCAGCAUUUUUAAUAAUAAAAUAUCACGGUAUUUUCUAAUGCUUUGUGCAAAGAA